AGAUGUGAUAGAUAACCGAUUAGACUAGAGGAGGGUGUGAACAACGGCUUUGAGGGCGAAGGAGGGUUAAGCCAGAGUUUAAACCAGAUGGGCGCGACCGAGCGUUGCGUGAGACUGAGACGGGGGGAGCCCUGUAAGUGUUGUUUUUGGGUGCCCCGUAGUCCGUAAUGUGGGUGGAUGGGUGGAUGUCGGGAUGGAGGAGGGAUGGAGGGAUGGAGAGGCGGUGGAGAAGAGCGGAAGUCGCUUUCGGUGGCUUGGGGCUUGCUAGGAUCGGGCGUUGGCGCUCGUGCUCGGCAAUGUCUCAGCAAAGUAUCCGCGAGAGAGAGCAGCGAGCGAAGGGUGUGUGGGUUGUUUUUUUGGGCGUGUUUUUGGGCGUUGCGUUGCGUUGGUGUUGGCUUUGGCUUUGACUCUGGCUUGUGGUUGCUUUCGACCAAGACAAAAUGGUCCCGGCUUCAAGGGCUUGCGGGUAUUUGGUUGAGGUGGUGGUGGGUGGGAGCACUGGGAGCCCUGAGAGCCCUGAGAGUACCGGGAGGUACAACAGCCGGAUAUGAGGACAAGGGAAUUAAGGACACCGAGAACACCGGUAGAUGGAGCGGGAGGCGAUGGGAUGGGUGGGCUAACAAAGGUGGUGGGAGGUGGUGGGAGGUGGUGGUAGGAGGGAGGCGCGAGGCGCGAGGUGCUCGGUGCGAGACGGGGAAACAGACUGGACUGGACUGGGCGAGAGCCAAAUGGCCGAAGACGAUGAGUUGUUUUUUAUCCCGAGUUCCUGGUUGGAUGGUCCGGGGCUAUGGAGAAUGGAGAGAAUGGGGAAUGGAGAAUGGGAAAGACGGGGGUGGUUUGUGAGUGUGUGUGGAUGAGGUGUCCACCGCGCCGCGUAUGGGCGAGAUGGGUUG